CUUUGGUUGCAUCAUUCAUUAAUGGCAACCAAGUUCUUCUUCGUUCGUAAAAAAAAAACAAAAUAAAAACACAAACUUGUAAAUCUUUUUUACUGUAAUAAUCUCUCUACGUAUUGCUACGUAAUUUAUACAAUACAUAUAUGGAAAGAUCCUCUGUCCUUCCCUACAUAUAAAGAUUCUGUUUUUCCAGUUUUUUUUGUUUGUUUUGUUUUUGAAUCAGAUCCUUAUUCUUGACCUUUCGAUCAGAUUCAUGGCAACGACUCAAUCACACACCUCAGAUCUUACUUCAGAGGAGCAACCUGCUAGUUUGGACAUCAUGAAGGAGCAGACUGUCCCGGCAAACAACGAGACAUCAGCCUCUUUUAAGUCCUCCCAGGAAGCUCCAGUUGUAGUUCAUCCAGCAAAAGUUGCUCCACUUACUGGACCUUAUGGUUUAGCCGGUGAUUUUGCCGGACACUUACCUAGCAGCAUCCUCUCUCCUCAAGCACAAGGCUUUUACUAUAGAGGUUAUGAAAACCCCACAGGCGAAUGGGACGAGUAUUCCUCGUAUGUCAAUGUUGAAGGAUUGGACAUCACAUCUCCUGUUGGCUUCAAUGAGAAUGCUUCUCUGGUCUACCAAACGGGAUAUGGAUACAACCCUCAAAUGCCAUAUGGGCCAUAUUCCCCUGCAGCAAGUCCCUUGCCUUCUGAGGGACAGUUGUAUUCUCCACAACAGUUUCCGUUUUCAGGGGCAUCACCGUAUUACCAGCAGGUAGUUCCUCCUAGCAUGCAAUAUAUUACUUCUCCAACUCAGCCCGAGCUCACCAGCCUUGUCGGUGUUGACCAACAAGGUGAUAACAUCGGACCACGCCAAUCCUACCAUCCUCAUCCCAUUGGACCGUUUAAUGGAAACCAGCCAAACCUUGGUUUUCCUGAAUGGCAGCAAGGUUUUGACGGGGGAAUAUGGUCGGAUUGGUCCAAGCCUUCUGAUAUGCACAGGCAUUCUUCUUCUAUUUCUCCGGCUUUAUCUCCUCAGCCACUCGGCUCAUAUGGAUCAUAUGGCCAGAACAUACCCAUGGGGUCACAGCGACAGAGAUCAUUUUACGGUUUUGGAUCUGGUUCGAACUCUUAUAACAGAGGUUAUAUGCAUAGUGGUGGUCGUGGCCAGGGUUCUAACUAUGGAAGUAGACUAAUUUCUAAUGUGGGUAUGGGAAACCAAGGCUGGAUUGGGGUUGACAACAGUCGAGGGCGUGGAAGGGUUAGUGAUCCAUCUUUGGGUGGUGCUUAUAAUGGUACUUUUGAUAUCCUCAAUGAGCAAAAUCGAGGACCAAGGGCUUCAAAGCCCAAGACUCAGGUCUUAGAGGAGCUUGAUUCUGCUGCUGAUUCUAAGAAAAAUAACAAAGGCAGUGCAAAGGAGCACGAGGAAUCCAACAACGCAGACUUUGUCACCGACUACACUAACGCCAAGUUGUUCAUCAUCAAGUCUUACAGUGAAGACAAUGUUCACAAAAGCAUCAAAUACAAUGUAUGGGCUAGCACCCCUAAUGGCAACAAAAAGCUUGACGCUGCUUAUCGUGAGGCCAAGGAUGAGAAAGAACCGUGUCCACUUUUUCUUCUGUUCUCGGUAAAUGCGAGCUCUCAAUUCUGUGGUGUAGCAGAGAUGGUUGGACCUGUUGAUUUUGAGAAGAGCGUUGAUUACUGGCAACAAGAUAAAUGGAGUGGACAGUUCCCAGUGAAGUGGCACAUUAUCAAAGAUGUUCCAAACAGCCAGUUCCGCCACAUUAUAUUGGAAAACAAUGACAAUAAGCCUGUGACUAAUAGUCGAGACACCCAAGAAGUAAGUAGCAAUUUGUGCCUAUCAAGCUUUCUUGUCCAUAAGAUACCUCUUUUAAGCCACACCAUAACCACAACCAAAAACUACAGGUAAAACUGGAACAGGGCAUCGAGAUGCUGAAGAUCUUCAAGAACUACGACGCUGACACGUCAAUCUUGGAUGAUUUCGGGUUUUAUGAAGAGCGGGAGAAAAUUAUACAAGACCGGAAGGCAAGAAGACAGCCAAGCUUGCCAUCUGCAGGAGUAGUAGCAGGAGAAAAUGAACAUAAACCUGCUUCUGCUGCAUUACCCACAGACUUCAUGAAGAACAUGUCCAAGAGUUUUGCGCAAGUUGUCCGCUUGGACGAAGGCAGCAAAGAAGCAGUCAAGGCCAGUUCAUCUCCAGAUGCAAUUACAACAGCAGCAGUCUCUUCUGGUCAAUCCAACUAGUAAGUAAAAGACAUCAAUUAGCAAAGACUAUGUUUUCAAAUUCCAUAAUAUGAUCUUUUGUUUGUUCUAAGAAGGUAUUUCAAAUGAAAUUUUACGUCUGACCGGGUCUGGUUUUUGUGUAAAGUAAGCCUCUUUCCUCCGCCCUUUUCUGCUUCAGGGGUAUUUAGCCAAAAUUUGAUUCAUUUCCCUCUUUUCAAUGUUCUAUAAUACCCUCACUCUUCUGAGUUGAUAGAAGAAGAAGAUGAAGAAGAUAAUGUAUGAAAGACAAUAUAAUGUUUCUCUUGUAAAGUUGGCCUCAUUUAUCUUUGCAGGCAGUUUUUCAAAAUAAAAAUGCAGAUUACAC